UGCUUGAGUUAAAACUGCCUGGAAAGUUAGUGAUUCACAAGACGACAGCCACAAUGCUGUCGAUGGGGGUAUUAACAUGAACAUUAAAGCUUUGGAACCUUAACUGUUUAGGUGAGGAGGUGAGAGAACUGGACAGACUAAAGGACUAAAGCUCUGCUGCAUUGCUUUCUUUAGGUAGAGGUGACGCAAGGGCUAAAUCCCACUGGCACCUGUACCUAUGGGUAGUCCAGUGGCAUAAUGUAGGAAACCUGUUUGCCAACGUGAAAACAGACCUGUUGAUGAUAGAAGUUUAGAUUUAAAAAAAAAAUCAGGUAAGAAUUUCAUAGCAAAAUAAAACUUGGCUGCCAUUGAAGAUCCAUCCAUCCAUCCAUCCAUUUUCUUCAGUUAUUCUUCGUCAGUCUAAGCAGAGAUGCUCAGACCUCCCUCUCCCUAGCCACCUCCUCCACGUGGGUGCUUCCAGGCCAGUCAAGAGAUAUAAUCACUCCAUCAAGUCCUUGGUCUGUCUCUGUCUCUGAAUUCUCCCUGUUGGACAUGCCUGAAACAUCUCAUCAGGGAGAUGUCAGGAUACUGAUGCCUAGACAGAUGCCUGAACCACCUCAACUGGCUCCUUUCAAAGCAGAGGAGCCCUGACUCUACUUUGAGCUCUCCGCGAAUGUCCGAGCUCUUCACCCUAUCUGAAAGGCUGAGCCCAGCCACCCUACAAAGGAAGCUCGUUUUCGACGCUUGUAUCCGCAACCUCAUUCUAUCGGUCACUACCCAAAGCUCAUGAUGACAGGCAUGGAGGAUGAAACUCAGGAAGAAAUUCUUGGCCAAUUUAAAGAGAAGCGGCUUGGGGGAUGGGGUCUGUUACAGCUGACAGCGGGGACAGGACUGGCGGUAUAUGCCAUGUGGGCAGGGAUUCUGAUGCCUGGGUUUCGCAGAGUGCCUCUGAAACUACAGGUGCCUUAUAUACCAGCCAGUAAACGACAAGUGUGUAACGUUAUGACUCUGCUGAAGGGCCGCUCUGGAAGUCUUGCUGACUUGGGCUCGGGAGACGGUAGGAUUGUCUUAGAAGCGAGCCGACUGGGUUUCUCUCCUGCUGUAGGCUAUGAGUUGAACCCGUGGCUCCUCCGGCUGGCUAGAUUUCAUGCUUGGAAAACUGGCCAUUAUGGGAAGGUCUCUUACCGGAGGGAAGACCUGUGGAAGGUCAAUCUUUCGGGCUAUGAGAACAUCACAGUGUUCUUGGCUCCGAGUGUGCUCACAUUUUUGCAAAAGAAGUUACUAGCCGAGCUCCCUGAAGAUGCCAUGAUUGUUGCUGGACGCUUUCCCUUCCCUGAUUGGAUGCCAUGCAGGAUAGAAGGGGACGGUGUGGACAGAGCCUGGGCCUACCACAUACAAGCUCUCAGAAAACACCAUCUGUCAUCAAAGGACAGCAAGUCAACUGAGCAAACCAGCUGAAACAGGAGUCAUGUGACUGUUUAAAAACAAAAAAGGGACUCUCCAACCCUACUCUUUUAUUGCUCUUUUAGUGAUUUUAUGAUGGUUUUACUAGACAGUUUUAUUUCUGCUAAAAGGGCGUGUUGUAUACUGAUGUAACUUUCACUAUUGCAUACUGUUCACACAUGCUUGUAGCACCACUGUCGAGAGUUUAAGAUGAUUCAGGAUACCAGACACACUUGUUGAUCUUCUGGUCAUGUGACUUGGUGGUUGGUGAUAUCUACAUCCACACUCAAUGUCCGGUUUAUUAUUUACUACUAAAUUAUGCUAGUGCCUGCUUCCCUAUUUAGUAGUAGCACACACUAAAAUGUCACUUCCUGUCAGUGUCUACCCUUUGCAAAUAACAUCUGGCCAGCAUUAGUAUUAUGGUGGUCAGUGGCCACUGUUGCUUGGUGUACAGGGGGACUAACAAAUGGUAGAUCUCGAGAGACGCUAUAGAGAGGCUAUAGUCAAUGUACACAAAUAUAAAGCUGUGCUGGAUAAAAUGACCAGUGAAUGUAUGUAGAGGUGCAUAUAGUAUACAAGUCUAAUUUCCAGUAUUUAGUUAACAGUAAGUAUAUAAUACAUAUGUGUCUCCAUACAAACAGGGACACAGUACUUAGGUAUCUCAAGCAGAUUGACUGAUAAACCUUGUUUACCGGAAGUGUUCCUUUUAUGUGAUGUGUAGAAACCCCAGAUCUGCAUUUUUCAAAAUUACUCUUUGUCUGAGUGUGUGAGGUCUUUUUGAAGCACCCAGGUUACUUCCUGUUUCUCUAUGUGACCUAAUUAAUUUCACACAUGCUUAAAAAAAUAAAUGAAUGUAUUUGA